AUGGAACGGAAAUCAGCAGUGCUGCGUCUGGACAUCCCUGAGUCCACCUCAGCAGCUCUGCACGCUCCCCUCCGGGUGUGUCCAGAGGGCCCUGAGACCCUGGGACAGACCACCGUGCUGACCACACGUGGCCGCUGCUGGCGGCCCGGCUUGGUUUCCUCACAGGGAGCCGUCUUCCACGCUGACCCCAGGCUCUCCGUCUGUAGAGGGGGGCGGAAGCUGCACCUCCUCUGGUCUAGGCUUGGAGAUCGCCAUGUUCUGUUGGUGACAAGGGCAGAGCAACCUGCCGAGCGGGGGCUGCUCUCGCUCGCCAGGCUCUCCCCUUGCGCUUUUUUUAGAAAGAGCAAAGCGGCAGGAUUUGUCCUGGCGAUUCAGGCUGCACUUGGAGCAGCUCCGGAGACCGAGGGCUUCUGGCUGGCAGCAAAUUCUUCCUUCAAGGUCCUUCUGCAGAAAGGCAACGCCCUCCCCCUCACCGACGGCAGUCCUGUCCUGGGGGGUGGGUCCCAGCAGGGCCCCCCCGCCCUGACAUGCGUCCUGGGUGUUGCAGAUAAGUUCCCAGCGGUAGAAAGGCAGCUGCUUUCAGGUUUUCUGAGCUUCCCCCAGAGCUGCUCUUUCACCUGCUCCUUUGCCCCCAGUGAAAUUUGCCCUUUGCUGUGUACAACAACGUCGUCAGUGAGGAGCGGCCAGGCUUCUGACUGA